GGCCGCUGUCUGGGGUUUCUUACGUAAUUGGUGCCACUGCGACUGUCAGCUGAUCCCGCCACUCGACUCGAGCCGAGCGCUUGGCACUUACAGUUGAAGACUCACCGGUACGGAAGGAGUACGUGCCUGCUGUCCUUCCUUAGACCCGUAUACUUGCCUGGCAACAUGUCUCUCUUGAUAGACUCCCUCAUUACAAUCUGCAAUGUAUCAACGAUAGGCCUGUGUGGCUUUAUGAAGGUUCCCCAGAUCAUUGCCAUCAUAAAGGCGAGAUCAACAAAGGGGCUAAGUUUGACGAGUUUGAUGUUGGAGCUGACCAGUUACACCAUCAUGUUGAGUUACAACAUUUACUCUGGCUACUCCUUCAGCUCCUACUUUGAAUAUCCUUUAAUGGUUACUCAAGAUGUGGUGAUGCUAGUGGUGUUCCUUUUAUUCACUGGCCGCCUCUCCCCAACUCUCCUAGUACCAGCUACUGCUGCCGUUUACUUUGCAUACUCUGUAGCUUCAGGCAGCCUUCCUCAUGCUCUCAUCACUACUCUUGUGGGUCUGUGUACACCCAUAUCAGCCAGCAGCAAGGUGAUGGCACUCUUCACUAUCAUUCGCAUCAAGAACUCGGCUACUGUGUCUGUGUCAUCCUUGUCUAUCUCUGCUUACACCUGUUUCACUCGGUUAUUCACCAUUUAUGUGGAGUCAGCAGAUCCAGCACUUCUGAUGAAUUUUGGAAUGAGUCUAAUGCUCAACUUUUGUCUCAUCACUGCAGCCAUCAUUUACAAACCAAAAAAGAAAGAUGACUAAAUGCUCCUCAUCACAUCACUUAAAAGAAGAGAGAGAGGGAGGUGUAGAUAAUAAUAACACUAAGGUAAGACACCAAUAGGACUGAUAUCUGUUGUUCAGUUUCAUGUUUUGUAUCUGUUUUGGGAGGACAGACAUCUUUAGUUAUUCUUAUAUUUUUCAUAUUCCUAUUUAAAAGAGUAAAGGAUAUUGUCCUGUUAUAUUUAAGCAACAGUUAGAUGAGGUGUGAAACAUUCCCAAAGGAAAUUAUGUAACUUUUAAGUUUAGGAACUAAAUAGAAAAUAAAAAUCAAUUUACAAUUUUGUAUAAACAUCUGUGAGUUAUGCUUUCAGAGUUGUCAAACUGUUCUAACAGGACAGCUUAGUUUCAGCUCAUCACACAUACAAAUGAAACCAUUCCAAUUUUUCACUUUUUACUGAAGUUGUAACAGUUAGCUUUUUAUUUUAUAAGGGUAUGGUGAUGUUUCCACAUGCUGUCUGUUACACCAUGUGAAGCAUAGUAAAUACAAUCUAAAUUGUGUGUGUGUAAUAUAUAUAUAUAUAUAUAUAUAUAUAUAUAUAUAUAUAUAUAUAUAUAUAUAUAUAUAUAUAUAUAUAUAUAUAUAUAUAUAUAUAUACUAGUGGUAUAGACAGUUGCUUGACUUGGAGAAACUCAUUAUUCAAAAUUUUGUUAUAUAAAUGAUAUUUCUUAAUAAUUUAGUUUCCUAUUCAUUCUCUUUAUUACCUGAAUCUUACUUGGUUUUGGGCCUGCUAUAUGUGUGUAUUUAACUAGUUGUAUAUUACAGAGUUUGAGUGGGACUCAUAAAGACCUGUCUUUAUUUGUAAUUUUAUCCAACUUUUCCUUAAAUUUAUGCACAUUUCUGCUGUUACAAUCUCUUUUCUUAAGCCGUUCUAGAUGUCCACUGUCCUAUGUGGAAAACAAAACUUUUUAGUGUUCCUCAAACAUUGACUUUUCAUGAUCUUAGAGUGUCUUCUUAUUCAUGUAUCUCUAUCUUCAAUCAGUGAUACCAGGUCUUGUCUGUCUAUCUUUUCCAUACUAUUCACUAUCUUAUACAUCAUUGUUAGAGCUCUCUCUCUCCUGUCUAUCCUUCAAAGUUGAUAGUUCCAUUUCCUUCACUCUUUCUUCAUAGGGAAGGUCUUUUUUUUUUUUAUUUCUUUGUAGUUUUCCUUUGAAUUCUUUCUAGCUUUGUGAUGUCCUUGUGCAUGUGUGGUGACCCCACCACUGCUGCAUAUUUGAGUCUAGGUCUUAUCAUAGUGGUUAUGAUCUUUUCAUCGUAUUGUUAUCCAUGUAAUUGAACACCACCCUGAUAUUUGUUAGAGUCUUGUACAUUGAAGCAUAUGUGUCUUUCUGGGAUCAGGGUCUUUUUUAUAACCACUCUUUCUCUUCCUCUUCAUUAUAAUCUUCCCAUUUUAUAUUCACACAUAGGUCUUCCAUUACUUAUACCCAUUUCCAUCACAUGACAUUUCCUGGCAUCAAAUUCUAAUUUUCACUUUUGGAUCCAUUCCCUGAUCUUGUCAAUAUCUGUCUGCAUUUUCGUACAGUCAUUAUUGUUCCUUAUUACUCUCAAGAGUUUUGCAUUGUCUGCAAACAAAUUCAUGUAACAACUCAAGCCCUCUUAUAUAUUGUUAAUACAUAUGUAUUUAGAACAUUAUUGGUGCCAGCACUGAACCUAGUGGUAUGCCACUAGUUACUGUGCUCUAACUUGAUGGGGUGUCUCUUAUCACUCUUCAUUUCUCUUUCUGUUAAGUAGUGUGUCAUCCAGCUUAAGAUACUUUCCUGUAUUCCUCUUAUGUGUUCAAUUUUCCAUAGAAGUCUUCUAUGUGUUACUCCACCAAAAGCCUUUUUAAUAUCUAAAUUGACUGUGUCAAGCCAUCCAUCUCUCCCUUGUACCUCAUCCAUUACUCUUGUAUAGAAACUUAAUAAAUAUGUUUUACCUG